AUGAGCAGCGCUGGGCUUCUCCGGAGGGUCGGCCGCAAGGACCUGCAGCAGCAGCAGAGAGAGCGGGUGAGACAGAGGGAGAGCGAGAGAGGGAAGGAGGAUCGCCAGCCAUCCGCGACUACUUGACAGUUAAAGCCUCCGCUCUCAGCAGCUCAUCAACAUUAGCAUCCUGUCUCCUUGGGAAAGAAAAAAGAAAUACACACGUUGCUAUCUUCAACCCAUCAGCAACCAUACUAAGCUUAAAUAUAUAUACAUAUUUAACUGCUAAUAGGCAAAGCGAUUGAAGCUGAUCCCUGUGUAGAAUGAACAGCAUGAACCAGAUAGAAACAAACAUGCAGUACACCUACAACUACGAAGAAGAUGAGUACAUGACCCAAGAGGAAGAAUGGGACAGGGACCUGCUCCUGGACCCAGCAUGGGAGAAACAGCAAAGGAAGACGUUUACAGCUUGGUGCAAUUCCCACCUCAGGAAAGCAGGCACACAGAUUGAGAACAUUGAGGAGGACUUUAGAAAUGGCCUCAAACUGAUGCUGCUCUUGGAAGUUAUUUCAGGGGAAAGAUUACCGAAACCAGACAGAGGGAAAAUGCGCUUCCAUAAAAUUGCUAAUGUCAACAAAGCUCUGGAUUAUAUCGCCAGCAAAGGAGUGAAACUUGUGUCAAUUGGUGCAGAAGAAAUUGUUGACGGCAAUGUGAAAAUGACACUGGGUAUGAUCUGGACCAUCAUCCUUCGCUUUGCUAUUCAAGAUAUUUCGGUGGAAGAGACCUCUGCCAAAGAAGGGCUGCUGCUGUGGUGUCAAAGAAAAACUGCUCCUUACAGAAAUGUGAACAUUCAGAACUUCCAUCUUAGCUGGAAAGAUGGCCUUGGAUUAUGUGCACUUAUCCACAGACACCGACCUGAUCUUAUUGACUACUCCAAGCUAAAUAAGGAUGACCCCAUAGGAAAUAUCAACCUUGCCAUGGAAAUUGCUGAAAAACAUUUGGAUAUCCCUAAGAUGCUGGAUGCAGAAGAUGUAGUAAACACUGCCAGACCUGAUGAAAGAACAAUUAUGACUUAUGUUUCCUGUUACUACCAUGCAUUUGCUGGUGCUCAGAAGGCUGAGACUGCAGCAAACCGGAUCUGUAAGGUGCUUGCUGUAAAUCAAGAAAAUGAGAGGUUGAUGGAAGAGUAUGAGAGACUUGCAAGUGAGCUUUUAGAGUGGAUUCGCAGGACAAUUCCUUGGCUGGAAAACAGGACCCCAGAAAAAACAAUGCAGGCCAUGCAGAAGAAAUUAGAGGAUUUCCGGGACUACCGCCGCAAACACAAACCUCCCAAAGUUCAAGAGAAAUGUCAGCUGGAGAUCAAUUUCAACACCCUGCAGACAAAACUGAGAAUCAGCAAUCGACCAGCUUUCAUGCCAUCGGAGGGAAAAAUGGUUUCAGAUAUUGCUGGCGCUUGGCAGAGACUUGAACAAGCUGAGAAAGGCUAUGAAGAGUGGCUGCUGAAUGAAAUACGAAGACUGGAAAGACUUGAACACUUGGCUGAGAAAUUUAGACAGAAGGCUUCCACUCACGAGCAGUGGGCAUAUGGCAAAGAGCAGAUCUUACUUCAGAAGGAUUAUGAAUCUGCAUCUCUGACAGAAGUCCGUGCCAUGUUAAGGAAACAUGAGGCUUUUGAGAGCGAUUUGGCUGCUCACCAGGACAGGGUGGAACAGAUCGCUGCCAUUGCCCAGGAGCUGAAUGAACUGGACUAUCACGAUGCUGCAAGUGUCAAUGAUCGAUGCCAAAAGAUAUGUGACCAAUGGGACAGCUUGGGAACACUUACUCAGAAAAGGAGAGAGGCACUGGAGAGGACGGAGAAAUUGCUUGAAACAAUUGAUCAGCUUCACCUGGAGUUUGCCAAAAGAGCUGCUCCUUUCAACAACUGGAUGGAAGGUGCUAUGGAAGACCUACAGGACAUGUUUAUUGUUCAUAGCAUAGAGGAAAUUCAGAGUUUGAUCUCUGCACAUGAUCAAUUUAAAGCUACUUUGCCAGAGGCAGAUGGUGAAAGACAGGCCAUAUUGUCAAUCCAGAAUGAAGUUGAAAAAGUUAUUCAGAGUUACAGUAUGAGAAUAAGUGCAAGCAAUCCUUACAGCACCGUUACUGUGGAAGAGAUUCGUACCAAGUGGGAAAAGGUGAAGCAGCUGGUACCUCAGAGGGAUCAAUCCUUGCAGGAAGAACUAGCCCGCCAGCAUGCCAAUGAACGCUUGCGUCGCCAGUUUGCUGCUCAGGCCAAUGUCAUUGGGCCAUGGAUCCAGACCAAGAUGGAAGAAAUUGCCCGCAGCUCUAUUGAAAUGACAGGGCCUUUGGAGGACCAGAUGAAUCAGCUGAAGCAAUAUGAGCAAAAUAUCAUUAACUAUAAACACAACAUUGAUAAACUGGAAGGAGAUCAUCAGCUUAUACAAGAAGCCUUGGUGUUUGACAACAAACACACCAACUAUACUAUGGAGCAUAUCCGUGUUGGAUGGGAGCUCCUACUUACUACCAUUGCUCGAACUAUCAAUGAGGUUGAGACUCAGAUCCUCACAAGAGAUGCGAAGGGUAUCACCCAGGAGCAAAUGAAUGACUUCAGAGCAUCAUUCAAUCACUUUGACAGGGAUGAAUCUGACAAUCUACAUUCUGAUGAAUUUAAAGCCUGUCUCAUCAGUCUAGGACAGGUUGGAAAUGACCUGCAGGGCGAAGCUGAGUUUGCUAGAAUCAUGUCUCUGGUUGACCCCAAUGGACAAGGAACGGUCACUUUCCAGUCCUUCAUUGACUUCAUGACCAGAGAAACAGCAGAUACUGACACAGCUGAGCAAGUGAUAGCUUCCUUCAGAAUCCUGGCUUCAGAUAAGCCUUAUAUCCUGGCAGAUGAGUUACGUCGAGAGCUGCCUCCUGAGCAGGCUCAGUACUGCAUCAAGAGAAUGCCACAAUACACGGGCCCAGGUUCUGUUCCUGGAGCUCUGGAUUACACCUCUUUUUCAUCAGCAUUGUAUGGAGAGAGCGAUCUCUGAUUCUAUAAUUGGCUAUAUCCACAGUAGACACAACAAAUACCACACCUGAUUGCCCAGAUUGCUUCUCAAAAGGUUUGACAAGCUGAUAAAAAAAGGAGUUUUACAAAUGCAGUAGGUACCUUCAUUGUAAAGUUCUAUUACUAAAGUAACUAGUGUAUGUUAAUGUGUGCAGCACGCUAGAUUUCUGCAAUGUUGGUUUUAGGUUGUCUGUCCUAUACAAUGCCAGAAAGUAUUUAAAGAAAAAGAAAAAAGAAAAAAAAAUGCAAGUUAUUAACUUUGGAAAUAUCUAUUGUGAAAAUAAAAUGCAAGACCUAAGAACAUUGAAACUGUCGAUUGUUAAGAAUCACAAAAUAUUUAUCCAUUUUUCAGAAUGUUUCAAUGCCACAUAUGCUUCUUUUAACAGCGUUCAUAAAACUAUCUUAAAAUCACACAUUUUACUUUCAUGGAGCAAUGUUAUUUUCCUCAUGUUUUCUGAUAUUACAUGCUUCUGCUGGUGAAAUUUAGUAAAAUGUUAAAAUGAAGUUUUUCAGGGAAGAAAUAUAUCAAACAAGUAACUACUUAGUUACUGAAACAAUUAAGAAUGUUUUUGUCUCUUAAAGAUGGUUUUAUAUUCUCACAAAGAAUUGUAAUAUAGGUGAAAAAGGCCUGAAAAGCUGAUUAAAAUUGCAGGUUUAGAGUUAUGUAAGCAGUGCUUUUCUCUUAAGCCUUUAACUUUUACAGCUGAGAGAGUACAACUUUUAUAAUCAGAAAUAAUAGGGAACCUAAUUUUAUGUGAGUUGUUUUGUUUUGAAACCCUCAUUCUUGUCUGUGUUGGACAGUCUUUGUUUCUUGGUAUAAGAAAGCCAGUCCCUUGUUGCAUUAGUGGGAAACAUUCAUCUCCAUUCUGCAUAAUGCAAAAUCCCAUCUUAGCAAAUGUAUUGUAGUUGUCUUAUAGCUUUAACUGUUCAACGCUCAAUUUACAGUUUGUCUUGAUUUCUACUGGUUCACAGGCAGUUCAGUCUGUAUUAUUGUCUUGACUUCUGCUGGUUCACAGGCAGUUCAGUCUGUAUUAUGCUCCUGUGCACUAGUAGUUCUACUGUCUUUUUUCCAUCUUGAGAAAUUAUUAAAAAAAAAGCAGUAACUUUUUUACUUGAAUCCUACUGUCACUGAGGAAAUGCAAUGUAAUCAAACAAAACCAUUUACAAAUGGUGAAGUGAGUUGUGCAGCCCAGUGCUAUUAAAGCAAUGAUGUGCCUAUUAAAUAAAGUCUGCUUUUCAAAACCUUAUGAGACUUCUGUCAUUGGAAUCAUCUAGUAUUUUCCAAUAAGGACUUGAUAUGCAUCUGAAAAUUAAAGAAAGUUUGUCUGUUGAAAGUAAGAGUUACAAAAAAUGUACUUUUUUUGUACAUUUCUGUACACCGCUGGAGAUGCGCUUAAAGGCCCCAUGAGGUGACAUGGAUCUAAGAAUGAAUGGGGUAGUGUUACCACUGAAGAUGCUGGUAUUAACAUUUCUGUGUACCUCUUUUUCCUCAUGCAUGAAAAAGCAAUGGUAAGUACACAACAGUGCUUUAGUUGGGCCUUGCUUUGAUAUCUUUGAGUGGGAAGCAUUAAAAAUAAUCACUCUCUGUAUGAUUUCACUCCUAAAAUAAGCAUUCUACAGGUAAGAUGCCUGUGGUGUGAGCAAUUUUAAA